GUUUGUUGAAAAUGGAAGUCGGUUCCAAGCGCUGCUCGUUUUAUUUUCAUUUUUGCUAGUAAAAAGUGCCCGUCGCGAUCCAAAACGUACGCCAAUCGGUGCGUGAAAGUGCGUGUGUGACUUUGUGCUAGUUUUCCUGUGUGAACCUUCGUGAUACCGGUGUGAAAAACGUUAGACAAUCGGGCCUCGUCAACGCCGACUACGACUACGUGUGUGGAUUAUGGUGUUUUAAGGUGUGCGUUACGAAACCGUGGAGUACGCGAGAGGUGUUGUUUAGUGAAGCACGCGAUCGAAGAUCGAAUCGCCAAAAAUCGCACGCCGUGGAAUGCGGCGGCGCGGUUGAGUCAUUCCUUGGAAGGUUGAGCAAUAGCUGCCAGCAAACGAAGCAGUGAUCCUGACUGGGAAGAAGGAAGAAAUGCACGACAGGUGACCAUCGCCGAAGAGAAAUUAAACGGUCGAAGAACCUGCAAAGCAGGUCUCCGCGCGCGAGAGAGAGUGUGUGUGCGUUGAAAGUUGAGUUGGGGCCCCGAAAACAAGGGCUGGGCAAGAUUUAAAGUUUAUUACGGCGAAGAGAGGCGAAGGUGAUCACAAAACGGAGAAACCGGCCGUCGUUGCGCCAACCUGCCUGCCCGAGAGUGCCCCUGUUCAGUGUGGUGAUGUUGUGGUAGCUAAAAAUAUACAAAGUUGGCAAGCGAGCUCGCGCGCGCGGGAAACGCUCGACCUGCUGCUGUCCGAGAAGAGAGCGAGUGCAUUUAAAUGUUGAGUGCGUUUUCCCCCCUCCUGUGUUUGGCUUCUGUUUCGGUGUUUUGUUUCUCGCCAAGAAUUCGGGGUUGUGUGUGAGUGAGUGUUUGGCCGGCCAGAUGAUGGCCACGCGGUGAAGGGUAAACCUCAAUGACAGAGAAAAGUGAAAUUGAAAAGCUCGCCAGCAUGAAUGAGUCAGGGCCGCCGAUGAACGGUGGCGCCGGCCCCACCGCCAAACCGGAUGGCAAAGAUCUGUCGUCGAAGAUGGGCGUCAACGGCGAUAACGGAACGGACGUUCCGGACUCGCUGAUGAUGAGCCCCAACAAUGGCAUUCAUCACCAGCAGCAGCAGCAGCAGCACCAUCACCACCAUCACCAUCAUAACCAUAACCAGCAGCAGCAGCAGCAACUGCAACCGCCGCCGGUGAAUGGUGGUGGUGCUGGGUUCUACGAGCAAAAGUCCGAGCAGCAGGAAGAGGACGACGGACUGGGACCGCUGCCGGCCAAGUGGGAGAAGGCGUUCACGGACAGCGGCGAGGUGUACUUUAUCGACCACAACACCGGCACGUCGCACUGGCUCGACCCGCGGCUCUCCAAGUUCCAGAAAAAGUCCCUCGAGGACUGCCAGGACGACGAGCUGCCGUACGGGUGGGAGAAGAUUUGCGAUCCGCACUACGGCACCUACUACAUCGACCACGUGAACCGGAAGACGCAGUACGAGAACCCGGUGCUGCAGGCGAAGCGCAUGAGCGAACGGGGGGCGGCCCCUCCGCCGGGUGGUGGCGGUCCUCCCAUGGGUGGUCACGACGAGGUUGGUGGCGCAGGAGGAGGUGGAGGUGGGGGCGGUCGGGUGAAUCACUUUACGAAGAAUCCGGGCAGUUUGCAGGGCGAGCGGUUGAUGACGACGCUGGUCAAGUCGACGCGGGGGUUGGGCUUUACGAUCGUCGGAGGGGACGAUAAUGUGGAGGAGUUUCUGCAGAUCAAGUCGAUCGUGCCGAACGGGCCGGCCUGGAUGGACGGGAAGCUCAAGACGGGCGAUGUGUUGGUUUAUGUGAAUGAGAUUUGCGUGCUGGGGUUCACGCACCACGAGAUGGUGAAUAUCUUCCAGUCGAUUCUGCCCGGGGAGGAGGUGCACCUGGACGUGUGCCGGGGGUACCCGCUACCGUUCGAUCCGAACGAUCCGAACACGGAGGUGGUCACGACGAUUGCGGUUGACGGGUUGAACAACGGAGUUAUGACGGAGUCGGAUCUGAAGAUGCUGGAGACGGGUAUCUUUAUGGAUCCGAGCGAGGGCGGAGUUCAGCACAAGAAUCCGCUGGCGAAGAUCCAGUCGGGUGGGGGUGGUGGGGCGACGGCGAACGGAGGCGAUGUGUACUUUAGUGAUACGCACCCGUACCAGCAGCAUUACAAGAGCAAGGAGAAUAGCUUUGAAAUUCCGGAGAUUCUGCACAUAAACAUUGUGAAGAGUGAUAACGGGUUCGGGUUUACGAUUACGGACAGUUCGUACGGGCAGAAGGUGAAGAAGAUUUUGGACAGGCAUUGCUGCAAGAACUUGCAGGAGGGAGAUAUUCUGUUGAGUAUCAACUCCAUUCCGGUGAAGGACAUGUCACAUAAUGAGGUAGUGCAAGUGCUGAAGGAUUGUCCAAAGAACAUCGAAACGACGUUGAAGGUUCAGCGUGGCCCUUCGGCGCUGCUCGUCGGCAGUAGUAAGAUGACGAACAAACUGAGGAAAAGUAUCGAACUGGCCAAGUUUGGUGGAGGUUUGCUCAAGAAGGACAGCGGAUACGGGAUCGGUGGGAAUAGUUUAUUCAGGAGUAAAACGCCAACGGCAGAUCUGUACAGUACACAGGCGAAGGAGAUUCUUCCGACUAGGCCAAAAACACCGCUGGUAGACACGCGGGCCCGGGCCAAAACACCUUCGUUGCCAUUGUCAGAUCUGAACACGGAUGAAAUCGAGCUGGACGUGAAUAAAAACUCUGGUAACGGUGACUCCAAGAUGGAUCUAAACUUGAACAUGAAGUCGAAUGCCAGCUCACAUGACAACGACUCGAUUGCGAACGAUAUUGGGUCGUACAACAACGAUGAUCAGUUCCAUCCGCACCAUCACGGUGGGAAGCACGCCAACUUGUUGGCGGAUCGGCUUGGCGAGCUGACCAUCAGCAGUUCGAACAACAGCACCACGGACACAAUCUACCACAACCAUCAACCUCAGUACGGCGGUGGUCAAGUCCUCCAGCAGCACCAGCCCAACUACAACCACGGCUACAACCAGCUUUAUUCACCUCCGCUGGUCCCACCUCCACCAGUGCCACCCCUUUCAGCAAACCACGUCGGUUACGGUCCCAACUCGGUCCAAAUGCCCCUCCAGCCAACGUAUCAUCACGAGAGUUGCUUCUGCUACGAUUGCCAGGACUACCAGCGCCAGCAACAGCAACUCAUGUACCAACAGCAAACGCUCAACCGGUCGUACGGCCAACAACAGCAGCAGCAACAACAACAAUCUCAACAGCAUCUUCCCUACCAACUUCCACCCCAAAUGAGCGACAACAUUGGCAAGCGGCUCAACGAAUACCUGAUGGACCGGAAGCGAUCGCUCCACCAGCAGCAACAACAACAACAACACCCGCAGUACGACAACCUGUACCACCAUCACAAGGCACCGGUUCCACUUCCACCCCAGCAUCAUCAACAGCAACAGCAGCAGCAGCAGCAGCAACAACCGGCCUUCGAGCAGCACUUUUACCCCCAGCAAGCACCGGUUCCGUGGCCGGGCGGACCACGCAACGGCAGCAGCGUCGGCAGCCAACACUCGCCCCAACUGUACGGCGGAGCCGGUGGCAACGUGGGCUUCAUGGCGCCCGUUCCGAUGGAGGAUUACACGCUGACGGAGGUGGUGCUGGAGCGGCAAGCGCUCGGCUUUGGGUUUCGAAUCGUCGGCGGCACGGAGGAGGGCUCCCAGGUGACGGUGGGGCACAUCGUGCCGGGGGGAGCCGCCGACAAGGACACCCGGAUCGCGUCCGGCGACGAGAUCCUCAACAUCAACGGGGUUAAUGUGGAAAACGCCUCCCACCAUCGGGUGGUACAGUUGAUGGGUGAGGCUGGCCUCCGGGGUCAGGUCACGAUGAUCCUGAGGCGGCGCAAACCGCUGAAGGCGCCUCCGCCGCCACCGAAUCCGCGCUACCCGUACCAGGUGCUGGUGUCGCGCAACGAAAACGAAGGCUUCGGGUUCGUGAUCAUUUCCUCGUCCGGUCAGUACCACGGUUCGUCCAUCGGUGAUCUCAUCCCGGGCAGCCCGGCCGAGCGCUGUGGGGAGCUCAAGAUCGGCGACCGAAUCGUGGCGGUGAACUCGAUCGACAUCACCGGCAUGAGCCACGGCGACGUGGUGAACCUGAUCAAGGAGUCCGGUCUGCAGGUGCAGCUGUCGAUCGGGUGUCCCCGGCCGGACGGUCCACCGUUGAUUCAGACGGCGGCGAACGCGGUGGCCGCAUCGAACGCGUCCAACGCCAGCGGCAACGAAAUGUACGUGAGCAGCAGCAGCGGAAGCAACGGCGGUGGUGGCGGACCGCCCCUCAUGAACCGCUACCCCACGAUCAUGUCCUGAUUGCGGCGGACGAAGGUUCUCGUGCGGCGCGCUUCGGCGUCGAUCGAGGAGGAAGCGGCGGAUUGAGCGCGGCGACGGCAGCAGCCUGCCGGAAUGGAACCAAAGCAUUUGUUUUUAGGCGAGUUUAUUUACUGUUAAGACGGCGGGAAUGGAACGAGCACGUUCCACGCACAGGUGAGUGUUGAAUCUAGCAAAAAGAAGCAAACAAGCCGAGAUAGAAACGGUGGUGUGUGGCAAUAGAUGAAAUUAGUUCGUACUAGUGCGCUGUGGGUAGAGAGAGAGCGGGAGCCGUUACACAAUAGAGAGCGGGUCUGGGUAAAAGAUUGUCGUGUGUAUCAGGUUUCGGCGCGACGCGGUUUUUGUUUGUGUGUUCUACAGGUCACGUGCGGUUUGCCCGUACGUGAUGCUUCGUUGUUGUUAGGUUCUGUGUCUAAAGGUGACUCCGCUAUCUGCGAGUGUGUGUUGCAUGAGUUCUGCAUUUUUGGACGAACUUUUAAUAUAAAGUUGAAUGAUAUAUUUUUUGCAAUUCUGUUUUGAAAAUACUUACAUUUUCUGUCAUUCUAUUGUGAUAAAAAUGACCUACAUAUCAGCAUCCAAAAUAACAGUACUGAAAAGUUUAUUUUAGCACUCAAUUCAGUUCUGAAAUGUUAAACUUUUCAGUACUUGUAUCGUAAAGUAAUAGUUUUCGGUACUGAUUUGGUUUUUAGGCUGAUACGGAGAUAGGAAGAAACACAAAACACCAUAAUAUGGUAUAUUAUACAUAAAACUUCCAAGAAACGGUCAAUAAAAGGGUUACGAAAAAAAAAUCUUGAGCGAUACGCAGCUGAAAAGGUCCAGAACCGGAAAGGGGCAUUUGGCGUUUCUUCGCGCGGUGCUUGUUUGCAUUAUGUUUUGAUGAGAAAACUUAUAUUUGAAUGCGACACAAAAUUACAAACAUAUCUACGAUUUUGAUCAAUAUCAAAAAUUUUGAAAAAUCUUAAAUUCCUUAUAAUUCGGAAUCUUGUAAUGCAGAAUCUUAAUAUUAAGAACGGAUUUUGUUUAUUGCUAGGAAUGAAGUAAACUUGAAGGAAAGUAAAAAAAAUGAAAAAUACAAAAUUAAUGAGAAAUCUAUAAAUUUAAGAAUACAAACGAACACAUCAAAAAUAAAAAUAAAAUAACAAAAAAUAACUUAAAAAAUAAAAAAAAUCAGAUGAUCAAGUAAUCUUCAAUUCAAUUCAUUUAUUUACCGAAAUAACAAUUUUACAACUUGUGUGAAUGGCUGGUUCAUAGAGAUUUGGUGUUCCUUGCAACUAUUUCCUUUUCAUUAACCGCUUGGUAACAGAAGGUUCUUCAAAUGCAAUUAAACAAAAACUAGGGAAAAUUUGGCCAAACAACCUAGUGACAUCGAACAUCAAGUAGGGGAAAUAUACCCUUUCUAAUCAAACACCUAUCUUCGUCAUAUGGAGAGCUUGAUGCUCGAUUAAAGCUCCAAAAAUACUAUUUAGGCUAUAAACUUACCAGCAACAGCACCGCCUCGAGUAAGCACGCAAAUGUAUGCCACUUACUGGCCAAAAAAAUCAAAUUUAAUGCACUUUUGAUCAUAAUUUCUAUUUUGCGAGACCAUUUCUCAUCAUUUUGGUGGCACACACAUCCACACGCAAGAUCAGAGGUUAACUGCUUAACGAAAGUCGCCAUCAAUAUCUUUUCACUUGCGCUAACGAUUUCAAAGCGCUUGAGAUAUAAAAUUGCUUCCAACUACCGGCAACAUGUUCUUUUGACCGUUACUUAGUCACUCACUUGAAAAUUAAUCCCGAAACAAGUAAAUAUUUAGCAAGCGCCAUCAAAAAAACAAACGCGCUAAGUCUUUUGACGUUUCAAUUCUGACGACCCAUUCCAACCGAAGGCUGAAGAAAACCGAGCGAGAAGCGAAGGCAAAUAAAGAACAAAGGGUGGCCACCAACACCACUAGCAGCACUUGUGGUGUUGCCAGGAAACUUUCUCUAUAAAUGCUACUUUUCGUGAGUGUUCGCUCAAAAUUUCAUCAAUUUUGGCAGCACGAAGCAGACCCAAACGAGCGUUGGAAGAAAAAAAGAACUAAGCUGAAAAUAGAAAAAUGGGCGUGGCCCAAUGCACAUGACUGAUUAGAAUGGGUUUUUGAAUUAUUUUUUUAAAAUACUUGUAAAAGGAAUAGCAUAACUUUUAAUAAAAGUGAAAAUAAACAGAAAUGUUCACAAAAAGUUGCUCUAUUCGUUGGUGUACUUGGUUUUACUGAAUUUCAAAGAACACUCCAGAUUAUCCAGCAUCAUUCAAACAAGACCGCUAAUUAGGCUUAAAAUGGGUUUAUUUCCCCUAAUCUUGAAAUUAAAAAACCCAAAAUUCUAAAAAUUUUAAAUUUUCAUUCUUUAUUCAAAAUAUUCAAAAAUAAAAAAAAAAAUCAAAGACUUAAAAAUUGUAAAAUUAAAAUUUAAGAAUUUUCGAAUUUCAGAAUUUUAGAAUUAUAUUAUUUUAGAAUUUCAGAAUUUUAGAAUUUUAUUAUUUUGGAAUUUUAGAAUUUUAGAAAUUAAGAAUUUUGAAAUUUUAGAAUUGGACACUGCUUGCUGGUAUUGCAGGUUAAAAUUGCACAGUUAAUUUUUUUUCGAAGGGUAUUACAGUUUUUUUUUACUUAUAUUAGUAAAAAUGUGAAAUUCAACAGAAACGGAUAAAAAUUUGAUCAGUAAAUUCUUUGGUUUGGUUCGCUUUUUUUUUUUCAAAUUUAGAGAAAAAAAACUUCUUAGAAAUCAAUAAAUCAGUUGCAAAAGCUUCCUGUUGGUAUUUGAUUGCGCCUUAAUGAAUGCAAAAUCAAUAUAUCGAACAAAAAAAACUUUGUAAAGAUUUCAUUCCAAUAGUUCCGCAACAGCUCGAAUGUCGAGGUUUUGAUUUGGGAAAUCUGAGCCGGUUUUGUUGUUUUUUGUGUAUAACUUAUAAAGCAUUUUACCAAACUUGAUAAUUUUCAAUACGGACUUAUGGGAUCCCAAACUGGACCGAAUGGAACAAACCCGGACGAAAUUCGUUCAGCCAAUUCCGAGAUAAUGGAGUGACAAUCUUUGUUUCUUUUUUUUUUGCAAUCAUCCGGACUUUUCAAAUAUAAAAAAAAUACUGUCCGGAUCUAUCAUGCAACUUAUCGUUGAAUAGGUUAUCAAAAGACCCUGAUUUUGACUGAAUGUAUUCACUAUAAGUGUGUGUGAGGAAGGAAGGCGUUAUUUAUACGAAUUUUGAAAUGUUUUUGGUUUAGCAAAUCAAAUUAGAAGAAAAUUUGUCCGUUUUCGGACUAACUCGACUUGAUACAACUAAUUUCCAUUCAUUGUUUGGAUCAUAAAUGACACACAAGCAAAAAAAAAUACGCUGGAGAAACGUGCCGUGGGAAAUCGCAUAAUAAUCCAGUUAUAAAAAGCACACAUCGUAAACGGAAAAACAAAGACACACAAAAGCGGACAAACUUUGCCCGGUCGCGCCACAAUCACUUGCUUCGACGACUCCAUAGAAUAACCACCUCUCCCCCUUUCCUUUUGUGGUCGUGGAAAUAAAACCGCGUUUCGCGAAAUAAAUCAAAUCCGGCGGCAACAAGUGCACUUGAAACUCGGAAACCCAAGCAGGAAAGAUACAAUCAAGCAAUUUUUUUUUUCGUAGCGACAAAGAAGGUAGUAGCAUUUACCGAGGAAAAGCAAAACAAAAGUAUAUCCAAAGGACUGAAGCGUGCAGCAAAUUUGUAACCCACACUUGAAGAAACAUUUAUUACAAAACAAAACAAAAAAACGCAUAUCAAAUAGAAGAAAUCCAACAAGCGUGAUCACUGUGAGUAAUCUUGCCUUACCUUUUAUAUUAGUAACACCAUACACACAUACAAAAACACCCACUUAGAGAAUGGAAAUCUGAAUGUUUAAAGUUUGUAGAUAGUAACGGAAACUGUUUAUAUUAGUACCGUAAGGAUAUCCAGCCUUGGCACUGUUUACAGCGAGGGUUAGGCAAAUUUUUAAGAGAAAAGCAAACGUUAGUUUUUCCCCAUACCCAUAUUGUACUUACACGUUGAGCAGCCGCUGUUUUUACAAGUAUUAUUAUUUAGUCCGUAGCGUAGUGUAUGGUAUAGUAAUCCCAAGUGAUUGAAGCAAAACAGAAGAAGAAAAAAAAAUCGACCGAUCGAAUGUUCGCAAGUGCCUCUCCAAUUUAGUUGGUAGUUUAGAGUUUAGAACUGUGAAAAGUCUAUUUUGUUUGUUUGUUUCCCCCCGGCGCGAACGGAGCAGGGCGAGAAUAUCAUGACUGUAGCCACAUUUUUGUACUUAUCAAUUGGGAAGAGUCCGGGGAGCUCACAACUUGUGUAUUCAUCGUAGUUGAAACAAAGCUCACAGCAAAGCAUUGCUACAGGUAGGAUAAACGAAAAAGAAGUAGAGUUAGAAUUUGAAUGUUGUUGUUCUCGGUAUUAAUUAGGCGACAGUGUAACCGAAAAUAUCCCGGAGAAUCGAACCCCGUACACACAUACAUACAUACACAAACACACAAAGCAAUAAUAAAAUCAAAAGUGAAAACGUUGAAUCAA